ACACAAGAUGUGAUGAGUUGUAAUAUAUUUAUUACACGUGAUUACAAUAAUUUGUUGCAGAUUUGAGUUGACAUGUAGUCUUGUUCACGUAUUGAGAAGGAAGAGUAGCUAGAGCACAUGGGCUGUAUAGUUUGAUGGGAUGGCACGCCCUUAGAAUCACAUGACAGGUGAUUGGUGRAGAGGCUUUAUGAUGAACACAUUUAUGGCAUUGGCAGCGCCAAGGCACAGUCGGUCAAGGCGCGGAACAUCCCAUCGCUGAAGACACCACUUACAGUGCCAAGGACGUUUUUUAAAUCCAAGGUKGUCGAUAGUGUAUUUUGCAAGUUGCAGGGGAGGAAUACGCGCUGGAGAGCAAGUCUCCGAAGUCGAGGAUAUUAUAGGACACUAAGCAUAGAGGCUGAUGCAGUAGUCUGUCGCCAUGGCCUCAGAUGCAAGUCACAUGUUGGAGGCGGCCUUGGAGCAAAUGGAUGACAUCAUCGCAGGCUCCAAGGCUUCAGCCGAGUACACCAACGGCCUGUUUGAGCUGGGCUCCCCAGGUAGCGCAGGGCCCCUGCAGGUGCUGCAGCUGGUUGAGGACCUGAGGCUGGCCCUGGAGCUGCAGCCCAGAGAGGAGGAGAGGAACACCCUGAGGGCCCAGGUCCCCAGCAGCACUGCUCACAUGCUCAUGGACUGGCUGGACAUGGACAGGGGCUCAGACAGGGGCUCGGUUAACCUUCGCUCCCCGGUGAACAAUGAGRGCUAUCAGGAGCGUCUGGUUCGCCUAGAGGGGGACAAAGAGUCUCUGGUUCUCCAGGUGAGCGUGCUCACAGACCAGGUGGAGGCYCARGGAGAGAAGAUCCGAGACCUGGAGACCUCUCUGGAGGAGCACUACCACAAACUCAACUCCACUGAGGAAAUGCUACAGCAGAGUUCAGUGGAAGGAGGAAGAUCUAAGGACCAGCAGAACAAAGCUGAGUGUGUGGUAAAUCUGAUAAGCGAGCUCCAGGAGCAGAUGUGUAGGUUUCAGGAAGAGAUCCACACCCGCAUCAUGGAGAAACGGGCCAUGGAGGCCCAGGGGGAGAGUGGUGCCCGCGAGGCCCACGACCAGAGCCCUGACGUGGGCUUGGGUGGCUCUGACGUGGAGGAGUUUUGCUGUCGCUGUGGAGGACAGAAUGGCUUACUGCAAGAACUCAGGCUCCUCAAGAGUAAAGUGGAUGUGCUGGAGGGGGAGAAAUCGCAGUAUGAGAGAAAACUAAAGGCCACGAAGGUGGAGAUAGCAGACUUACAGCAGAUACUGGCUUCCAAAGACUCUGAGAUCGAGGGCCUUCAGAGCCAGCUGGUCUCCAGAGGCCCAAUGACCAAUGAGAAUCCAGAGAGAGACCAAGAAUUCCAAAGGUUGAAAAUGGGGAUGGAGUCUUUGUUAGCGGCAAAUGAUGAGAAAGACCGUCACAUAGAGGAGCUCACUGUUCUCCUGAGACAGUACAGGAAGAUGAAGGAGGUGAUGGCCCUCGCACAAGUGUCCAGUGAGAAGCUCCUUGUUGGGAGCAGUGAGGAGGAACUGAGCGGGAGUCUGAAUAGAGCUCUCACACAUAAAGCUCAUUCAGACAUCAUCCUUCAGAGUGUAUUAGCAGACUGUUCAAUGUCUUCCAGGUGCUCCUCUCCUCUUGUAAGGUCUUCCUCAUCCUUCCAGAAAGAGCUGACCUCUAGUAUCCAGACCUCCCUGGAGACGUCCAUGGUGAUGGUCUCCCCGAGCGAUGCUGGCUGCUUCCACAACGGACAAUGGUCCCAACCACAGAUGCUUUCAAGCAGCCUGGAGGAGUUACAAAGCGGAUCGUUACCAAAGCAUGUAGUGGGUCAACCAGUUGAAGCGUUUUCAGAGAAUCGGCACAUGGAAAUGAACAAAUAUCAGACCCUACCAGGGAAGCUAUCUCGACCGGACUUGAAUGAGGAUCAAGAGCAGUGUGCCACACCAGUCCAGCUCUCCCCUGACGAUAGUGAGGACAGUGAGUUGAACUUAAGAAAGUCGGAGAGACUGGAUGAGUCCACGCAGUCGGACCUGUCCCCCCUCUCGUCUGGAGUGGACUCAGGAAAGCAGUCUCCUGUCUCCCCAGAGAACAAGAAGAACCACCUGGGCAUCAAGAAACUCUGGGGGAAGAUUCGGAGGACCCAGUCUGGCACCCUGCAGAGAGAGGACCUUGAGCCUGGAGAGUUUAAGAGGGGGGGACUGAGAGCCACCGCCAGCCCUCGUCUGGCCCGGACUGGAGAGACGUUGACCUCUGUGUGGGAUUUGAAGACACCCUUCUCCAAGUGGACUCCGGAGCAGGUCUGUUGCUGGCUAGAGGAGAGUGGGCUGGACCAGUAUGUGAUUCUGGCCCGACAUUGGGCCAACAGUGGGCAGACCCUCCUCUCCGCCUCACCACAGGACUUAGAGAAGGAAAUGGGGAUUAAGAAUCCACUGCACAGGAAAAAGUUGCAGUUGGCCCUCAAGUCCUUCAGCACCAAAAUGACUGAGAAAUCCUCUGAACUGGACCACAUAUGGGUCACACGUUGGCUUGAUGACAUUGGUUUACCUCAAUACAAGGGUCAGUUUCACGAGGGAAGAGUGGACGGCAGAAUGAUUCAGUACUUGACAGUGAAUGACCUCUUGUUCCUGAAAGUGACCAGUCAGCUCCAUCAUCUCAGUGUGAAGUGUGCUAUCCACGUCCUCCACGUCAACAAGUUCAACCCCAACUGCCUAAAGAGAAGACCUGGAGAUGAGAACAAGACUUCUCCCUCAGAGGUGGUUCAGUGGUCUAACCACAGGGUGAUGGAGUGGCUUCGCUCAGUGGACCUGGCGGAAUACGCACCCAACCUGAGGGGCAGCGGGGUUCACGGUGGCCUCAUCAUUCUGGAGCCUCGUUUUAACUCAGAUACCCUGGCCAUGCUGCUGAACAUCCCCCCUCAGAAGACCCUGCUGCGACGUCACCUGGCCACUAACUUCAACAUGCUGGUGGGCUCCCAGGCUCAGCAGGAGAAGAGGGAGUUCAUGGAGUCGUCUGGCUACACUCCCCUCAGCACCACAGCCAAAGUCAGGCCAAAGAAGUUGGGCUUCUCAAACUUCGGCCACCUAAGGAAGAAGAGGUGUGACGAGUCAACAGACUACAUUUGCCCCCUGGAGGCGGCCCAGGUCCAGGCGGUGCUGAACGGGGCCCACCGGCCCUACUCCGGCUUCAGGGGCCUCAGCCCCAUCCUAGACAGAGACCCAGACAGACGGGAGCAGAUGGCGGUGACAGAGGGGCCCGUGCUGCAGAUAGAAGCUCUGUCUGAGGGAAUUAACCAACUCACGUAUUUGCUUAGCCGAGAUGAGGUUCUGAAGGAGAUGAGACGCCCUCAAACAGCACUAGUCUGAGAGGAUGCCAUGCUGGCCACACUAACCAACACAGCCAAUCAACCAAGGGAAAGCGCGGCCUCAUACCAACCCAAACUCAACGUAGGGAGCUUUACCAGCAACCUCAACUGGCCAUAUCCCUUAUCUCAUCAUAAUACAGGACUAUAAUGAACACUACUUCUGUAUUAGUGACAGAAACACAAUGAACAUUGAAGCCAUUCUGUCUAACGUGUGUCAUUGGAGUGUAGCUCUUCCAAACUUAAUAGUGAAUAGUAUGUACUUCGUCUUUUUGGUGAAAAGUAUAGGCCUACCGCAAGCCACUUAAACAUGUAUUAAAGUGCUCUUUUCCCUACGUAAUCUAUUUCCCUGUAAUAUUGGCCAAACUGUAUUAUUUUGUACGAUAUAUGUACAUAUCAUAUUUUACAAGUUGUUUGUUACGUAUACUGAACAAAGAUAUAAACACAACAUGCAACAAUUUCCAAGAUUUUACUGAGAUACAGCUCAUAUAACAUCAGCACACGUGACCUGCGGUUGUAAGGUCGGUUGGAUGUACUGCCAAAUUCUCUAAAACAACAUUGGAGGCGGCUUAUGGUAGAGAAAUGAACAAUCAAAU